AUGUCUAAUGCAAAUUGGGGCUGUUGUUUUUCUGAAAAAGAUAACUGUGAUGAAUUUAUUGUUUGCAUUAAAUGCGAUAAAAAAUAUCAUUAUGCAUGUAUGAUGAUUGAUCGCAAAAUUAUUUCCUCUGAUUUAUUGGCGACAUGGGCCUGCCCUGAAUGUGUCCACCAACUACCAAAACCUACAAAUAAAGAAAAUACACCUGUGAGAAACGUUACUACCGUUAGAGGAAACAAAAGAGUAGCUAUUGGUUCGCCGCAUUCUGAUUCGGAGAAAGUGAACAUUUCUAUGGAAGACAUCCGUCUAGUGGUAGAAGGUGUGAUGGAAGAUAAAAUGAAUGAUCUAUUUAAAAGAUUUAAUGAAAACUUGGCUGGAUUCUUCGCGAAGGAGAUAAAACCUAUGAGAGAUGAAUUGUUGAGUAUUAAGGAAUCUUUAACGUUCAUUAAUGACCAGAACUGUUCAGCCUUAGCUCAGAGAGUAAAUCAAAUCGAACAACACUCCCGCCAAUGUAAUUUAGAGCUCCAGAACGUUCCGGAGUCAAGAAAUGAAAAUCUUAUAACGAUGAUAACAAAGUUGGGUAAAGUCAUCGGCAGCUCUCUGAAAGAAAAUGACAUUCUAAACUGCACACGCACAGCCAAAAUAAAUCGUGAAUCCAGGCGUCCAAGAUCUAUAAUAGUUCAUUUAGCUUCGCCUAGAAUUCGAGAUGAAAUGUUAGCGAUGACCUCUAAAUACAACAAGGCGAACUCAGACAACAAACUGAAUACCACACAUCUUGGAUUAACAGGACACACCACCCCUGUUUUUGUUACUGAACAUCUAUCCCCAGCGAACAAGGCCAUUCAUGCGGCGGCCAGGCUUAAAGCAAGGGAGAGAGGAUAUAAAUAUAUGUGGGUGCGUAAUGGGAGAGUGUUUAUGAGAAAGACUGAUGACAGUGACUAUAUUUUAGUAAAAAAUUUGGAUAGCCUAAAAAAACUUAUUUAA